AUGGUGUGGAUAAGAAGAAAACGCACUUUCCUGCUAAAGUUGACUUUUUACGUUUUUUAUUUAUCAGUUGUAAUUUACAUUUUCCAAAGUUUGUUCCAUGCAUAUACUUUGAAGGAAAAGUAUAAAACUAACAAUUUGCAGAGUGAAAGUUUCGAAAGUCUCCAAUUCAAAACUAAAUUCGUUUCGAUCAAUUAUGCCUUUCUCUUACAUGAAGAAAAGAGGGUGAGAAAAAACUAUUACGCAGAUUUAAUAAGACAAGAAAAAAAGACGCCAAUUUAUCACCAAUAUCCGUUAAAUGUCGACUUGAAAGGGAUCUUAGAUCAGAUCAAAAAGAAGGAACCAGUUCCACUGCCUGUUAUUAAUCCUCAUCCCUUUUCUUACAUUAUCAAUCCUGAAAAAACGUGCCUGUCGUCGAAAGUUACUUUGGUGAUAUUAGUAAAAUCAGCAGCUUCCCAUAUGGAAAACCGUGAUGCCAUCCGAAAGACCUGGGGAAAUAUUCCGGAUCCAGCUAUAAAAGUUGUUUUCCUAUUAGGUUCUUCUGAGUUUAACCCGAUUAUUAUUGAAGAAAAUUAUUUCCAUCAUGACAUAAUACAGGAAGAUUUUCAGGACGAUUACAGGAAUAAUACAUAUAAAACAAUAAUGGCUUUCCAAUGGGCAACAACGUACUGCACCAGCGCUCGUUUUCUUCUCUUCGUCGAUGACGACUUUUAUGUGAAUCUUCCUAAUUUGCUUUUCUUUUUAGGAAAGUUAACGAGUAAUGUUUCUCUUCUCUCGGGGUAUGUUUUACCCAUGUCCGAGCCUUUCCGUGACAAGUCUAGCAAAUGGUAUGUUCCUUUUGAAGAUUACCCAUUUCAUCGUUAUCCGCCAUAUCUGGCAGGUGGCGCUAUCAUAGCGUCCAUGGACGUUGUGCAACAGAUGACUGCAGCUUUCCCUUACGUGAAAUACUUGGUUAUUGACGAUGCAUAUUUAGGAAUUGUUGCUUACAAACUUGGGCUACACAUUUCACACAAUCGAAAAAUUACAGACAAGCAUUGCCAAGACUGGCGCCUACGCUCAAAGAUUGCUUGUCAUGGAUUUGGUAAUGCUAGUAUUCUGGUCCAAACCUGGAUUCGUUUGAAAAAUAUUACAACCAAAAACUAGAAAGACAGGAAAAUCUUAAUUAUUUGAGUUUAUGCAUAAUGUAUAUAAUUUUGACACACAUACAUAAUAUAAUAAUAUUAUUAUGAAUAUAUAUAUACCUCCUCGCCUUUUUGAACAUGUAUAUUGAAUCAUAAAGAAAAUUUUAAGUUUAAAUUAGAGUUACACAUACU